GCUCCAAGGAGCGUCGCUUUUGUUUGGUUCUGCCACUUGCAGCAGCGAAGCUUCUCCUUUCUUCCCGCGAGGUGCGUGCGCGUUUAUUUUGGUAUUUGCUUUCGAUCGUUGCGCUUCUGCCUCGCGCUUCUUGCCGCUGCUUUUUUUUUUUCCUUCUCCUUGACCUUCCAUAAAGCAAUUACUGUAGCUUCACCCUCCCACCUUAGCUGGCACUAUGGAGACGAAGAGAGCGGCACCAGACUCCAUCGGCCGUGCCACCACGGCCCCGAUGCUGUUCUGCUCGCGGUGCAACAACCUGCUGUACCCGGAGUGCGACGAGGACGGCUACAGCAUGGCGUGGCGGUGCAACUAUUGCAAAACAACGGAGCAGCACGACGACUGCAAACUCGUCCACGUGAUGAACUUAAAAAUGAAGGCGGACGCCAUCGGCGGCAUGGAUCUUAUAGCGGAGUUCGCCAGCGACCCCACCGCCCAGCGCGACCCCGAUAAGCAGUGCCCACGGUGCAACAAGAAAGGUGUCGCAUGCUUCGUCAACCCACUCGGCCAACCGCAGGAGGAUAUGACGCUGUACUUCGCCUGCUCUGACACCGAGUGCCGUUAUGUAUGGAAGGGAACGACCGUGGAGGAUCAGAAUUAA